AUGCCCAGUGCGCAGUUCAAGGCGAAGGACCUGGUCUUCGUGCCGUGCCCGGAAGGGAAAACGGAGGAGGGCCCCUUCCUGACGGGGGUCGUUUGCGAAGUGCCGGAGGAGGGUGAUCCAGUCGUUCAGGUCGGCAAGACCACACAGCGCAUUCCAGCAUCGAGCCUGCGACGGAGGUUUAUUCGCGACGAUGGCGCCACCAGCCAAGACAACACCUCCCUUGUGCACCUGAACGAUGCCACGAUCUUGGAGAACCUCCGAGCGCGGCAUGAGGCAGAUGAGAUCUACACCUACACGGCCAGCGUGCUCCUCGCUGUGAACCCAUACCAUGAUGUCACUGGGUUGUAUGGCGAGGCACAGUGUACCCGAUACCGCGGAAAGCACAUCGGAGCGCUUCCGCCCCAUCCCUACGCCAUCGCGGACACGGCCUAUCGCGCGCUGGUGCGAGAUCACAAGAACCAGGGGUUCAUCAUCUCCGGUGAGAGCGGUGCCGGGAAGACCGAGACGGCCAAGAUUGUCAUGGAAUACCUGGGCUAUGUCUCCGGCUCUACCAACCAAAUGACGGCCCAGAUCCAGAGGCGAGUGCUGCAAGCGCAGCCGAUCCUGGAGUCGUUUGGCAACGCCGUGACCAUGAGGAACAACAACUCCUCACGCUUCGGCAAGUACAACAGCAUCUUCUUCGAUGAGGACGGCACCUUGUGUGACGCCAGCGUCACCACGUACCUCCUGGAAAGCUCCCGGGUGGUCGUCCACGCCAAGCGCGAGAGGACCUACCACUGCUUCUACGAGAUGCUGGCCGGCCUUCCAGACGAGAAGCUGAAGAAGCUGCACCUGGAAAGAUCGAAGCUCUACCUGCUCUUGGCCAACGAGGGGCAGACGGCGGCCACGCAGGAGGAGACCUCCGAGGAAAAGCGCUUCCACGCCCAGUUCCAGGACCUGGACCUCCGCAACUUCCGCCGGCUCUGUGUCGCGCUCGGCGACGUCGGCUUCAGUGAGGAGGACAUCGACUCGACCUUUCAGGUGCUGGCCGGCUUGGUCCACCUGGGCGACCUAGCAAGCGCCGAGAGGGACGAUGAUGACGAGAGUGCAACCAUUGUGCUCGACGAAGCAACGGUGGAGAAGGCCGCCUCGCUCCUGGGCAUGGAAGCCUCGGAACUGGGCGGAGCUCUUCGCAGGCGCAAGGUGAAAGUCUCGCGGCCAGGGCGCGAGUCGAUCCAUGAGGUGCCACGGACCACGCUCCAAUUCCGCCAUGCCUUAUACAGCCUCAUAAAGGCGCUGUACAAGCGGCUCUUCGAGCGCCUGGUCACCCGCAUCAACGGCUCGUUCUCCGAGCUGCGAAAGCCCUCGUCCGGAGAGGAGGAGACCGAGCGUUGCCAGAUCGGCAUUCUGGACAUCUACGGCUUUGAGCGUCUUCAGCGCAACUCCUUCGAGCAGCUGUGCAUCAACCUGGCCAACGAACGUCUCCAGCAAUAUUUUGUGGAGAAUGUGCUCACCGCAGAGCAGAACUUGUACCGCCGUGAGGGGCUUCCCUGGACCGGCCUCAACCUGCCAGACUCCAUGCCCGUCGUCACAGCGAUAGCCUGUUGCUUCAAGACCUUGGAUGAGUACAGCCAGCAGCUUGCCAAAGGCUUUGAGAAGACCUCGGAUGAGGGCUUCUGCCAGAAGACGGUGGAGGAAGCCCAGAAGGACGCCCAGCGCAAGGAGGUCCUGAGGCCCCUGAAGAUGUCCAACAAGCGAGGGAGCUCAGCGGGCUUGGCCAUGAACGAGGGCUUCGUCAUCAAGCACUACGCUGGGCAGGUGGAGUACAACACCAAAGGAUGGUUGGACAAGAACAACGACCGUCUCCUUGUAGAGUGCGAAGAGUUGAUCUGUGGCUCCGACUGUCAGUUUGUCCGGACACUGGGAGACGACGAGAAGGGGAAGGUCCUUUUCCGGUCCAUCAGCAAGAAAUACUCCUCGGACUUGGAGAACCUUCUGAAGACGCUGAACCAGUGCCACUUGCACUACAUCCGCCCCGCGGCCAUGAGUUUAGCUUGA